AUGCGCGUCUUCGUCACAGGAUCAACCGGCUUCGUCGGCACCGGGGUCGUCAAGGAGCUGCUCUCUGCAGGCCACACAGUCGUGGGCCUCACCCGCAGCGACAAGGGAGUCGAGCAGCUCAAGAGCCAGGGCGCCGAACCCCUGCGCGGCACAAUCGAAGAUCUCGAGCUCCUCAAGAAGGCCGCCUCUGAAUCCGACGGCGUCAUUCACCUUGCUUUCAACCACAACGACUUCUCCCAGUUCGAGAAGGCCUGCGCCACGGACCGCGCCGUCAUCACUGCAUUGGGUUCCGCCCUGGUUGCUGCGGGCGGCGACCGCGCCCUGGUCGUUACCUCAGGCACCAUGAUGCUGGCACGUGGUAAGCUGGGCUACGAGACCGAUGGGCCUGAUAUGUCCAGCUCGAUGGCCGCAGCUCGCGGGGCCUCAGAGCCAGUGUGUCUCGACUUCGCCAAGCAGGGCGUACGCGCCAGUGUUGUACGCUUGCCGCCCACAGUCCAUGGCCCUGGAUCGUCGGGCUUUGCGGGGAUGUUUGUCAAAUUCACGCUGCAGAAGGGCGUUUCGGCAUACAUCGGCGAGGGCCAGAACCGCUGGUGCGCUGGCCACCGCGACGACGCGGCCAAGCUGUAUCGCCUGGCGUUGGAAAAGGGAAAGCCUGGGUCUGUCUAUCAUGCGGUAGCUGAGGAAAGCGUCACAUUCAAGGAAAUCGCAACUGAGGUUGGGAAGCAACUUGAUAUUCCCGUUAUCAGCGUCCCAGCAGACAAAGUAGAGGAGCAAUUUGGCUGGUUUCAGUUUGGUGCCGUGGCUGACAACAUAGCCUCGAGCGCGAAGACGAGAGAAGAGUUGGGCUGGACUCCUACGGGCCCCGGCGUGGUUGAAGAUACUCCAGUUAUUAUCGAUUAUGCGAAAUCUCAGGGAGCAUAA